AGUUCAAUGUUUAUUUGAGUUUGUUUGUUAUUAUGGCUGAAGAAAUACAGAGCUUCGCGUAUAAAUAUUGCCUGUCCUCCAUGGCUGCGACUGUGGCAGAAACAGGUAACAUUGUAUUCCACAUUGAACUGAUUGAAUCUCUGAAGUUUUUUGGUUGUAAAGUUCUCCUCAGAUUUUUUACGAUUUGAGUAGUAGACGGUUGUGAAGAGAGGCACGUUGAAUAAUAUUAUAUAGCAUAAAAAUAUAGAUAUUUUACAAAGCGACAUUGAUAUGGGAAAACUUAUACCACACUUCUGUUUUUUAUUACACUAUGUCAUGGCUAUAUUCACGAGAAAUUCGAGAAGGCUGCGAAACUUAUGCUAUCAUCUUGCAUGGUAGCUUAAUUUAACGCUUUCAAUGCUUAUCGCCAUAUUUGCAUUUAGGAGUUAUGCGUUCUUUUAUGGACGUCACACUUUUUCCGGUUGUUAUGGCACUUUAACAAUCUCUCGUAUCUUUUCAAUAAAUUAGAUUAGGUAAAUUAAAAGUAGACUAAAUUUAUGUCUUAUAACAUUUUUUUUGACGCGAAAACCUCACCGCAGACUAGAUGAAUCGUGCAACCAGUCGCUAAAAUCGGACUUUGAACAUCUCGGUCAAAGUUGAAGAUUACCUAAUGCCAUGACUAAGCUUUUUCAAUUUUCCUCUUUCAAUCUGAAGCGCAUAUUUUAUCUUUUGAUACAAAUUUCGAUAAAAUGAAGGCUAACUUUGGUUCGAUAAUGCUUUACGGUGUAAAUGAUUUACUGACGAAAAUCGAAUUACUUUUUACGCGAUAUGUGAUACAUAGCAAAGUUGAUUAUGAAUAGAUCGCUAAAUAAUAGAUGAUCAAAACUAAGUUUAACAACAGGAUUUAAAGCUUUACCUUAUUUAUUAUUAAAGAAAAGGUUUUGAAAGAUUUCAGCCUUUUGGCAUAGAUUCCCAAGCUUGUCAAGGUCAAUGAAUUAAAAGAACUAAACAAAUAGAUUUAUCUCAGUUUGGGAUCCUUGCACUCUUGAGAAUAAUCACAAUUGAAAAUAUUGAUAGCGUUUGGAUAUUUUGGAAAACUGAAGGAGUGUAAAAAGGGUUAAAAUUUGUAUUAGGUAUUUUACUUCACCUGAUUUGAAAAAAAUUGUUCAUACUUGUUUAUAUUUGGGGCAAGAAUGGAAAAUUUUGAUUUGAUCAAAAAAGGAAAUGAUUGGAAAACAGCCAACUUAACUGAUCAACAGCAUGGCAUAUUUGAGUCACUGGGCUUAAUCCAUGCAAUUACUCCUCAAGUUGCUUGUCAAUACUUAAGUGUUUUUAAAUAGACUUGAUACCACCAUGAGAGGAUAAUUUAUUUGUCAGAGAUUUUCAGUGAAGUAAUUAACCCUUUACAGUCCCUAACAUCAGUAUACAUAUUCUCCAUACAGUUCUCUAUACAUUUCCUAGGUUCUAACAGGGAGAAUUUAUAAAACUAUCAAAGAGCUUUGUCAGUUGCUGAUCAUUUCCUAUAUUCUCGUGACUUAAACCUUUUAUUCAGGGGUGAUAUUGUAAGGAGAAAUUAGAACCUUGUCACUCUUAGUCAUUCACAAUCCUAAUCCCUUUUAGCAGUAGAAGUGAUCAGUGCUCAUCAAAUUUCUCCCCACAGUAUCUACAUAUUAUCAACGAAACAGUUUGCAGGAAUAAAGGAAGACCCUCUCUCUCAAAGAAAUAGUCACCAAAAAAUAAUUGCCCUGACCUAUAAAUAACACAUUAUCAAGGUUGUUUGUUCUAGAAAAUCCAUGUGUGCCAUUCAGAUGAAUUUAUAUUUUGACUAUAUGUAUUAAAGGGUAAAAUAAAAAACUUUUUUGAAUUGCUUACAAGAUCCUCAGAAAUAAUAUUUAUAGUAAGUAAGAAAUCUCAGCCUCUGGAUUUAGAGAGGGAGCAAUAGCAGGUGUUAAGAUAUACUUAGCCAGUGGUUCAGUUUAUCAUCUGAUUAUGUUUUGAUUUAUUUUUUUUAAUUUAAGUGACCUUUCCACUGGACAUAACAAAAACCCGACUUCAAAUCCAAGGAGAGAGAGCAUCAACCAUUCAGUCUACUACAGCUGCUAAUGUGCCUUACCGGGGCAUGGUGAGGACAGCAGUAGGCAUAGGUGAGAACUUUGAGCCUGCUAAAAAAUGCAGUCCCUAAUUUGUGGGACAUACUGAUUGAACUAGAUAAAGUCCUCUUAAUCUUAAAGCAGCCUACCCUUUUCUUGAUUUUGACCUCAUUUAUGCGAGGAACUUUUGUGGGCCAGGAGACUAAUGUAAUUGCUGAAUAAAAGAUAUCAUUAAUUAACACUGAUUACAUCUGUGAUCUGACUCACAGUGUUGCUAGGCAGGGAGUGUCAAGUUACACAUAAUUAUUAUGUCUCCUGUUUUUCUUGAUUGCAUAGACUGAGUUCUCAAUGCAGUGCUUUACAUUUCUGCCCAUGGCAUCUCUGUCUUAUCAGGUGUUGUUGUUCAUGACCUUUGAAUACAUUCUCCUUACCUCCUUUUAACCCCUUACCUCCCAAGAUCUCAUUAGAAAUUCUCCUUACUAUCUGCCAUACAGUUCUUAUAAUGUUAGUUUGGAGAAUUUGGUAUUGGAUCAACUUAUAAUCCCCUAAUUAAUAUUAAGUUUUUUCUUUAUUCUCAUCACUUGUCUGCAUGAUAUUGUAUUGAUAAUGUAAGGAGAAAUUCAGUCUUGGUCACUCAUGGGAGUUAAAAGGUUAAAGCAGAGUUGUCCCAACAGAGACACUGUAAAGAUUUGUUCUCAAAUUUUGGUUUCCUGAAGUUUUAUAACAUUUAUGUCUGAAAUAUAUGUUAGGUACCAUUAUUGUUAAUGCUUUUGCCUGUUUCUUUUCGUGUUUCUUGUUAUGUACUCCAGUUGAAGAAGAAGGAUUAAGAAAUCUCUGGAGUGGUGUCACCCCAGCGAUUUUAAGACAUAUUGGUAAGUUGAAUCACUCAAAUACCCCCAUUGCUGCACUGUUCUCUUGGGUCAAGGGGAUUUGGAAAACUCUCUACAUUCACUGAGGAAAGUUUACAUGUCAUAGAACAAAAUUUGAGGGUGAAGAGUGUGUGUGAAGUGUUUUGGAAGUUUUUAGGAGGCCUAAAAGUGAGAGAUUUGGAAGAGAGUUGACAAUGGCCACUUGUAAGUGGAGGUGAUAUAACUCCCCACUCAUUGUUUUCCUUGGCAAACUUGCAUGUUGGUUUUUAUGCUCUGUUAUCAUUUUCGUUCCAGUGCAAUGAAUUUAUCAGUUGUGUUGAUAAUUUUUUUUUAGGUUAAGGUUUUGAAUCUUUUUUUUGUUUGUCAAGAUGGCAAACUUAUCAUUUUGUUCUUUUUUAUAACAUUUUACAGUUUACACAGGCUCAAGAAUGACAGCCUAUGAAUUCUUGCGAAAUAAAGUGUUGAAAAGAAAUCCAGACGGAAGAUUUCCCUUAUGGCAAGUUUCUGUGUCAUUCUUUUUAAUUUUGUCUUUUUUUAAAUUUAAAAAAAAGUGACCAACAUCUGUAAAACAAACAUAAAUAGGUUAUUUGAGAUUACUGAAAAGAAUAAUAUUUCAAAAAUGUUAUUAACCAUUUAACCCCCAAGGAUGACUGGCAUCUAAUUUCUCCUUACAAUAUCACCCAUGAAUCACACAAUGAGGUUAAUAAUAUGAAAAUCAAAGAAAUGACUAUCAACUUAAGAAGUUCUUGAUUGUAAAACAAAUUCUCCUUGUCAGUUUUUCAGGAAAUGUAUGAAGAACAGUAUGGAGAAUACACCUACUGAUGUCAGAGUGUAAUGGGUUAAAUAGCGCACUUGACAGUAGCAUUUGAUCUGAUCUCAAAUCCUUUCUAUCCAGGAAAUCAGUGAUUGCAGGGAUGAGUGCAGGUGCCUUUGGACAGUUCAUAGCCAGUCCAACUGAUCUUGUUAAAGUUCAAAUGCAGAUGGAAGGAAAACGAGUUAUUUUAGAGGGACGUCGACCGAGGUGUGUUCCAUUCAAUCAGGUUACCUUGGUAUUUUUUGUCAGCAAGCAUGCGAGGACUCGUGACUUGUGCUUGCCAAUUUAAUUGCACCCAGUUAAACCUUUAACCCCUAAGAGUGACUAGCAUCUAAUUUCUCCUUACAAUAUCACCACUGAAUCACACAUUAAUGUCAUGAGAAUAAAGGAAAUGAUCAUGAACUAAAGAAACUCUUGAUUGUUAGACAAAUUCUCCUUGCCAGCACAUUGGUAAAUGUACAAACAACAGUAUGGAGAAUAUGCAAACUGAUGAUAGGGUGUAAAGGGUUUAUCUGAACAGAAAACAAUCAUCAACAAAAUUGAUGACAGAAUUAUGAUUGAGAUAUUUUGGAAUUUCUUACCAAUUUUUCCCCUGCGAUUGUACAACGUUGAAUGGAGGAAAGGGAGUAUUGUAGCGGGCUGAGGUGGCUACUCGAAUGUUAUGUGUCAGUCACCAGUAAUCUGGUUGCAAAUGGAGGUACCUUACCUUAAACUUUUAACUUCCAAGAUCUGAUUGUUAAUUCUCUCCUCUUGCUGCUACACACUUCCUUGUAAAUUAGUUACGAGAAUUUGGUGUAAGAUCAAGAUAAAAACUGCUUCCUGAUAAGUUUUUUUAUUCUCAUAAACCGUUUGCUAGAAAACUUAUGGAUAUCAUGGGGAGAAGUUAUAUGUUAGUCACAGAGGUAACGAUAACGCGAAUGCUUAACGGUAACGGUAACGAUAACGAUAACGAUAGCUUUCAACAGGAACGGUGACGCUUACCAUUAGUUUAUCAGUCGAAACGGUUACGAUUGUAUUAAGCAUUUACCGCCCCCACGGUAAAUGUCUCAGUAAAAGUCAGGCUAUGGUAAAAUCCGACGAUCACGGACCUUUCUGUAACGAUCAAGCAACAAAGAUAACGCAGGUACAAAAGGCUUCAAGGUUACAAAAUGUAAGCGUUCAGUUUUCUUCUGAUUGAUGUCUUAUCUCGAUUUUAUUGACGCAGGGUACGAAACACUGUACACGCUUUUUCAACCAUUGUUCGUAAAC